UGUGCAGUGAGGUGGCGUUCUACAGGACAUUCCACAACAGGUGAAACUCUGCAGAGACAGGUAAACCAACACCUUACCCAGGGACUCUCUUCAGCUCCUGCAGUUGUUGUCGCGGCUUCACUUGUUACCUGCCAAACAUGCCUUAUGUGUUCAGCUCGGCGAGUGGGGGCUCUCAAAAAAAGAAGGCAGUGAAAGACCGAGGGACCAUCGGGGUGAAGGCGAGAAAGGCAACCUACCAGGAGCUGAAAAAUCUGUGCUUAACGCAGGGGGUUUUAUACGAGGAUCCAGAAUUCCCAGCGGACGAAUCUUCCCUAUUUUACAGCGAGAAGCCGGCGGUUAGUUUUGAGUGGAAACGGCCGAAAGAGAUUUCGAGUAACCCAAAGUUUGUUAUUGAUGGAGCAUCAAGGACUGAUAUCUGCCAAGGAGAUCUGGGGGAUUGCUGGUUUCUUGCUGCUGUUGCUUCACUGACUCUUAAUCAGAAAAUAAUGUGCCAAGUUGUUCCUCUGGAUCAGUCCUUUGACCGCAAUUAUGCUGGAAUCUUUCACUUUCGGUUUUGGCAAUAUAACGAGUGGGUAGAUGUAAUAAUUGAUGACCGUUUGCCAACCUUUAGAAACCGUCUGGUGUUUUUACACUCUGCCAGUAAUGAUGAGUUCUGGAGUGCCUUGCUGGAAAAGGCCUAUGCUAAGCUAUAUGGCGGCUAUGAAUCACUGAAAGGGGGAAGCACAUUAGAGGCCAUGGAAGACUUUACAGGUGGCAUGGGAGAGACAUUCAAUUUGAAAGAGGCACCCCCAAAUCUGUAUUCCCUCCUUCAAAAGGCACUGAAACGGGGCAGCAUGUUGGGAUGUUCCAUUGAUAUUACAAGUGCAGCUGAAACUGAAGCUCGCACCACCACAGGACUCGUCAAAGGACAUGCUUAUUCUGUUACUGGUUUGGAGGAGGUGAACUCCAGAGGUCGACGAGUGCAACUCAUUCGUGUCAGAAAUCCCUGGGGUCAAGUGGAAUGGAACGGACCCUGGAGUGACAACUCUCCUGAAUGGAAAACAGUGGAUGCAAGUGAUUAUCGGAGGCUGAACAAUAUUGCCAAAGAUGAUGGCGAGUUUUGGAUGUCAUUUGAUGAUUUUAAGAGGCAUUAUGAUAAAGUAGAAGUCUGUAAUCUUACCCCAGACUCCCUGGAUGAGGAUUCUUUUCACAAAUGGGAAGUGACCGUUUUUGAAGGGACUUGGAUCAAAGGCUGUACAGCUGGAGGCUGCAGAAAUUUCCAAGACACUUUCUGGGUCAAUCCACAAUAUAAAGUAAAGCUACUAGAAGCUGAUGAAGAGCAAGAUGAUGGAAAAGAUGAAUGCACAAUGAUGGUUGCUCUCAUGCAAAAAAAUAGACGCAAACUACGGAAAGAAGGAGCUGAUUUGCUGACCAUUGGAUUCGCCAUUUAUGAGGCUGAAGGUGGCAUUGACCAUCUGCAGAAAGAGUUCUUCCGAUUUCAUGCUUCAAAAGCAAAGAGUAAGACGUACAUUAACAUACGGGAGAACUCUGAAAGGUUUAAGCUUCCACCAGGAGACUAUGUUAUUGUACCUACCACUUUUCAACCAGAAGAAGAGGCCGAUUUUCUCAUUCGACUUUUUACAGAGAAGAAAACAAAGACCCUCGAAAUGGGGGAUAAAGUUGGUGCCGAUCUACCAGAGCCUUCCAAACCAACAGUUAACCCCCAGGAGGAAAGUCAAGAGGAAAAGCAGUUCCGCUCAAUGUUUGAACAGAUCUCAGGGAAGGAUCUGGUGAUCAAUGCUUAUGAACUGCAGGACAUUUUAAAUACUAUCUUUGCUAAAAGAAAGGAAGUAGCGAUGGAAAGUUUUGACAUUGAGACUUGUCGCAGUAUUGUGUCUCUCUAUAAUAAAGACAAUGCUGAAGGACUUGGGUUUGAUGAAUUCAAGAUCUUCUGGAGCCGAAUGAAGCUGUGGACGAGUGCUUUCCUGAGCUGUGACCAUGACAAAUCAGGGACCAUAUCAGCUCACGAACUCCGGACUGCUGUAAAGAACACAGGGUUUCAGGUCAACAAUCAGUUACUGCAGCUUAUGGUCAUCCGAUACUCAGAUGCGUACCUUCAAAUUGAUUUUGAUAACUACCUCCGUUGCAUGGUUCGAUUGGAGACUGCAUUCAGGUCAUUCAAAGCAUGUGACACCCGACAGACUGGUGAGGUGACACUGAAUUUAAUGCAGUGGCUCUACAUGACAAUGAAUAUUUGAAGAUGGAACAGGAGAUCAUCAGACUUCAGUGCUUUUCACCAAAUGAUCUUAAUUUCAGCAUUAACAGGGAUACAAUAUGUAACAGAAUGAGGUCUUAUUUCUUUGAACUGUUUGUUUUACUGUACUUUGGUAUAUCUGCUUGUCCUUGUGGAGGUGUUUUGAAGACUAUUCCUGGUUACUGACAAUUUUGCUUUAGGGAUAUUAUCUGCUUUGUCAUUCCUCUGUUCUGAGACCAAUGUUUGUAAAUAUUUCACAUAUUAUAUGUUCUGAGAGUACAACAGUCCUUAGCACAACAGUGUCCCAUUCCCACAAGGGAAGAGAAAAAAAACAUCAUAUCCAAUCCCUUGGUACCUAAACUCUCAUUUUUUACAUCAAAUCUUCUCUUGAAGCCCAUCUGUCUAGUAUGUUAAUUGUUUUAUCUUGAUCCCUUUUGUACUUUCAUCAAAACCCAUCCCUCAUGGUAAUUACCUCUCCCAUCAAACUCCAAGCCUCUGGUGUAUGAACUCUCCUCUAGAACCCUAAUCCUCUGUUUGAAGACAGCUCUUCUGGGGUUGUGGAAUACACUUCCAGGGCUAGUGGUUUAGGUAGAAUCUGCCAUAUUGUAUUGGUUAGUAACAGAGGAAAAGUGAAUGAAAGGAAAUGAACACCGUUCAAUAAAUAAGAUAGGACAGCUUGUCUGGACAGUAAUUGCUGAUGCAGACUGGUCUGGACUAAAUGAUGGGUUUCUGUAUGGUAACUUCUGUAAUUCUAGAUAAAGAGUAUCCCAUUCAGGGUCCAAUCCUUUUGUGCUCUAUUCUCCCACUGAAAUCUAUCCAUAUUGCACCUUAACUCACCAAUUGAAGGCUGCCCUACAAGCAUUUUAACUACAUUAAAGUUCAUCCCUUGAGUACAUUAAUUCAUGGACCAUGAUAUCUGAUUGCAAGUUUGAUUAAUCCAACCUUUUGUCUUACUUAGUAUUUUCAUUUUAGUUAACAGCAUAGAUCAUUCUAUCAUUAAUUGUUUACCCAUGAAUAACCAAGAUUAUGUGGUUGAAAGGUUGAGGAAAGUAACCAUGCAAUAUUGUUUUUCAAGGGAAGCUAGAUAAAUAUGUGCAGAAGUAAGGAAUAUCCGUGUUGGGUAUCAAGACACCUGAACCUGGGUAAUUUUAUAUAACUCUGUGUAAUUUCUGGGGGAUUUUUAAUUUAAAGAAUUUAU